UGGGUGUGCAAGAUGCGUGGAGUAUUUAGUGUGUGAUUCUGCGCGAGAGUUAGGGGGAAUCUGGUAAUGGGUGGGGUUUGAACGAUGAAUCCCUUCUCUUCUCAUAUCUGAUUCGAGCUGAUUCGAGUCGGUUUCGUGUAGUCCAACAGUAUCCUUGCGUUCGACGCGUGAUACGCGUUCACCGAUGUUCAUGUAAUGGCAGCACUAAAUUGGCGGUUAGGUAAAUAUCGGUCGCAAAACGUAGACGUUUCGAGCACCCGACCGAAACCCAGCCGCAACAUCUAAAUAUAUUUUUCUUUCGAUUUGACGAACGACGAAAAUAGCGCGUCUCGAACAGUGUCUCAAGGAAAGUGAAGUUUAUAUACGCCCUUGCGUAUCAUCUGUCAAGAUAACGAGCGAGACAGACCUAUUGCGAAAGGCAGGAAAGGAGGUGUGAAUAUCUUAUCAACGUUAUCGACACUGCACCCAAUGCAUACUGACCACAGUUAUAGAAAUGCAUUCUUCAAUCGCGCGGACACGAUGUGAAUGAUCGUGGCCGAUACUCGUGAGUCAUAUUAAAAUUUUGGCAAACAGACAGAGAAUUCGCCCUUCGCCAAAUACAUAUCUGAAUCGUUUGGCUGAACGUCUGCGUGGAGGUGGUCGUACUGUAAACAUAUCCGUAAACGGAAUCAAAGAUUAAACUUGUCGUUAAUGUAAGAUGUAAUCUACUGGGCUAUUGUUGCAAAGUAUUUUUGCAAAACAUUUUUACACGUUUAUAUAUUCUCUGCAUUUACAUACAUGUUUAUUCGCAUUUGUAUUUAAGUAGAUAAAUUAUUUAUAAUGGAAAAGAGAAGUAUUACUGGGAAAGACAUCCUAAGAAUGGAUGGUCUUUUGCCACCAACAAGGCGAUUGCCUGUCUGUGAUGCAGUAACUUUGUCGGAUAAAAAGAAAGAAAAAAAGUGGUCUAUUGGUGGAAUUUUAAAGCGAAUAUCUUCGAUACGUGAUUAUGACAGUUCCUCGAAUGAUGAAGAAAUGGUAUAUUGCACGAGGCAACAGAGACCUCUUUCAGUGUUUAAUAGAAAAUCACACAAUGUUACACUUCAUCCAGUUAAAAGAAGUACCGAUGAACAUUUAAAUAAAAAUAAUUCAAGCAAUGGUACUAUUGAUAACUUGGUGGACACAUCAAGUCUACAAAGAGAUUCCACGCAUGUUCGUGGUAGUGAUGGAUCAUUGGAUAGAUUAAGUAAAAAGUUACGUAAAAGUGUACUCAAAGCUCGAGUAGAAGCAAAGAGAGAUCGUAUUUGUGCAGAUAGUAGUUCAGAUGAAGAUUCUCGAGUGUCUUGUAAUUCAUUGACUAGAUUUCAGAGCGAAUCUACGACCCAAAAUAUGCAGAAAAGUAGUUCCUGCAAUAGAAAAAGUCGUGCUGCACGUACAGAACGUUACAUAAAACGUUUAUCAAAAGAUGAGGGUAACAGAUUUUCAGAACACAUGAACAAUGUAACCAACAAACGCAAUAGCCUUGAUUUUAUGGAUGCACAUCAGUCACUCAAUAUCAGUGAAAGUGAUUUAUUUCAACCUGAAGUACAACCUCGUUCUAUUACACAGCCUAAUAGUUACACAUUCCCAGUACAAAGAUCUGUGGAAAACAUACGACAGGCAGCAUCAUGUAGCUAUCAAACCAAAUCGUCUACUGAACUCACACGACAUUCUUCAAAUCGAUACAUUACAGAUUUAAAUCAGAAUAACACGUACACAAAACCAAAUGUUUUGUACAAAGAUAAGCAUUACAUGAACCAGGAAGAACACAACUACUUUUCAACUUCUCCACCACUACACAGUGAUUAUACAAAAUCCUAUGAUUAUGUAAGGAAUGAUCAGUCAGUAUAUCGAAGUUCUUCUCCACCAGAACCCCCACCAAGGAAUCCACGUAGUAAAGUGUUUGCUUAUAGUUGCAAUUCCUUUCCAUCUAGUGGGAAAUACAGAGUACCAAGACACACAGAAUCUCCACAUCCAAGAGUGGACAAUGUGCACGAAGCUUCAUGGGAUCGCUUGAAAGGCAUAAGAUCAUACGACUCGAAUAACGAAAUCAGCUGGUGCAGUUCAACUAGACAAUGCCCACGACGUCCACUGUCUUUAACAGUGAUACCAACGCAAUCCUGUAAUUCGUCAGAAUGUACAAACAAUAGGCACAAUUCAACUGGCAGGCAUAUGGACGAAUGCAAGUAUCACGAGACAGAAGCGAUGAAGUGUCAACGGCGAAACAACCGAAACGACCAGCUCAACUCAAAAUUCAACGAUCGUAACAUUCAAAAACGCGAGCAAAAGUUUUCUCCAAUUUCACCGCCAAACAUGUACAGUAAUUCAGCAUUUAUCUACAACAAGAGUUCAAACUCUCCUUCGGCAAAGUCCCCUUCCGAGAGAACUGUCCGAGAACGUUCGUACAGUUCAUCAAAUGAUAAAUUCGUCUCGAAUCCAAGUGCAGAAAAGAAGGACGAGAAACCAGUAGUAGCGAGCGACAAAGAUGUUCUGGAAAGGAGAAGAAGUUCAAAGAACCUGGAAGAGGCGCUGUCCGAAUUGGAAGCGAUAUACAACAGUUUGUGCCUUGGAGACGAGGAUCUUCUCGAUCGGGCGGAGCGACGUAGUAUGGAGGAGUUUAGUCUCCGUCGCGGUAAGGCCGAUAGCAGCCUCGCGUUAGACUUGGUGGACUCGCCGGACAGAUCGAAAGACGAUAUGGCCUAUAGACGAAUGCACCCUAAGGAAAGACCGGCAUCCUUGUCAGAAGUGAUCAGUCAAUCCGCACUCUCUAAUAUCAGCUAUCUGAUGGCCUCGCCUAUCUUGUCACGUAAAGACGCGACUGAUGAUUAUCCGUACGCCUCAAAUUACCCAGUUCGCAAAGACGAGCCGGACGUAACACGCGACGAUGUCGUUUACCGAAGUAUUCAUCACGCGAAUAAUACAUUGAAGGUGGCCGAUCCGCAACCACCGUUCGGGAUACCUCUGGGACCCGUAACUGCGGCCACAGAGAGCGACUACCUGCACACCACGCCAACCAAGCCGGAUCAUCCUCGUUCGUCGUACAUACCACAGUGCGAGCCCGACAUUGUUACAGACGAUUUGGCAUAUAGAACCUUGCGGAAGGAUGCCAGCAUGGCAAGGAAUGCCGCCGAAAGUAAAAGCGGCGUUGCGAAAGACCAGGAAACCACUUUCGGCAUGAAGAAAAAACGGGCGGUUAGAUCUCUGUCCGCUAAUCUGUAUGGUCUGAUAAACCAGGAUCGCAUACAUCUUCGACGGGAACCCAGUCUUCAGGAGAUCAAGGUCGGGGUCAGUGACGCGUCGAUGAAUGAUGUUAAAUUACUACCUGUUAGAUCCGAUUGUUUUAGGCGUGUGGUUAGCGACGGUGAGCUUUCCGAUUACGACACCCGGUGGCGCGAGGAUGGUUUGUUGAAAAACAGGAGAACCGACAUAAAUGGCAAUCAUACUGUCUCCAACAUAAGCCGAAGGAAGCUACGCGUUUACGUCUCGCCAUCGACCAGAAUACAGACCUCCGGAGAGAACAGCGAGGACGAGGCGGUAGCUCAGAACUCGGCGUCGAAUGGCAUACUGUCGCAGGCUUUGAGCACUGACUUUUGGCAGGAUCGUUUAAAAUCAAAUGAGCCGGCUGAUCGAGAUACGGAAUCUGAUUUCACCGCUUAUAGCAAUUUGUGCCAAGACUUAGUUAAUUUGAUACAGGGGGAAGAGAAUGGGGAUUUAAGAGAGACUACAGAAGCGAAUGACGCUGAAUCGGAGCAACCGACGAAAGUGGACAGUCCAGUGGACAUCAAUGAAACUGACGACAGCCCGAUAUUGCAUAUUAGGACGUUAGGUAGUCAGUAUACUGAACACACUGUAGAAGAUUGUAAGGAGAUCGAAGGAAAUGGAGACGCGGAAAGACUGGCGGAAUCCAUCGGUAAUCAUGGGAACGAUGAUCCCGAGAAGACUGACGAUAAUGCCUUUGACUUCUAUCUGCGUGUCGCGGACGAGAAUGUGAAACUAAUUGCGGAGGCGUUCAGCAGCGUGGCGGAUCGCUUACGCGAUAGCCGUUUAAGCCAAAAGAAUUCGCUGACGUCGCGGCGUUCUGAAAUAGAAACCGAUAGUACGGCGCCCAAUACGAGCACGCGUAGCUCCAUCACCUACAGCCCGGACGAUGUGAACGACGACCUGUCUUCUUCGUCGAAGUCUACCGAUACGCAACACAUAGUUCCUAAAGAAAAUACGCCGAUAAACAUAGACUGGGACCAUGAGGAGGUUGAGUCAGAGGAGGCGAAAAAUAACUCGAAUAUCGAUCUGGAAUUGGAUCUGUCCAAAGCUGUUCAUGAUCUACAGUUAGCUGCAGCGAGUUUGUGCGAGCAUGAAAAAGAGAUCGAGCAGUUAGAGGCUUUAUGGAAGAAGGACACCAGCGAUACUCCUUCCGAAGCCUCGAUCGCGGUCGCAGGGGAAACACCGUUGUCAACAUCGGAAAAACUUUGUACGGUGGAGAAUGAUGGCGGGGAAUUAGAAUGCGAUCAAGAGGAAACUGUAGUACCGACUGAUGUUAAGUCGCAGACCGAUGAACAUGACCCAGAUGAUGAAGGUCUCCCGGCACUUGAUCAUUCAUGAUGCGAACCGCUCUAGAUGAGUUCUGAGUUCACACAUAACUAACCAAUGUACACGGCGUUGUCGACCGAAAUGCGGCGGAACAAUUGAAUUUGUUUAAAGUCGAGUUUCUAUGGACUGUUUCAGACGGAAUGGUGUGUUCUUGUUGUUCUUGUU